UUUUUAAAUCCACAACCCAUACACGGGUGUACAAGUUUCUUUUAAACUUGAAUUCGAUAUGAAUGGAGUGCGUGUCACGCGUCCGCAGGCAGUCCCCUGCGGGGCCGUGCGGGCUGCAUCGCCCAGUGCCUCGGCAGAUAUCUCAAGUGUCCCCUUUCGUGUCGUUCUCAAACACGCAGUUUAAACCUGUUGUCGGUUUCUUUCCUGUCGUAGGUGCUGCAUCCGCUCGAGAGAACACGAAAGCCAAGGAAACGAAACCUAACUUUUUUUCCGCCGCGUCAUUCCGCAGUCAGUCCCCAAGGAAGCGCGCAGACCUGAGCCAUCCAUCCAUCCAUUCAUCCAUUCAUCCACGGACGGACGGACCGUGAGCUCGUCGCAGCCGACCCUCUCUUCCUAACAGCUCCGAACAGCUGACCCGGACGAGUCGCCACCAUGACCACCCUGAAUCAACAGUACGAGGAGAAGGUGCGCCCCUGCAUCGACCUCAUCGACUCCCUGCGCUCCCUGGGCGUGGAGAAGGACCUGGCGCUGCCCGCCAUCGCCGUGAUUGGAGACCAGAGCUCGGGGAAGAGCUCGGUGCUGGAGGCGCUGUCGGGGGUGGCUCUGCCGAGAGGCAGUGGCAUUGUGACGAGAUGUCCUCUGGAACUGAAGAUGAAAAGAAAGAAUGGAGGAGAAGGGUGGUAUGGAAAGAUAAGCUACAAAGACCACGAGGAGAACAUAGAAAACCCUUCAGAUGUGGAGAAAAAGAUUCGAGAAGCCCAGGAUGAAAUGGCUGGUAUCGGUGUGGGGAUCAGUGCUGACCUAAUCAGUCUGGAGAUCGCUUCUCCUGACGUUCCAGACCUGACACUCAUUGACCUGCCUGGCAUCACUAGGGUGGCUGUAAAGGGACAACCAGAGGACAUUGAACACCAGAUAAAGAGACUCAUCAAGAAGUUCAUCACAAAGCAAGAAACUAUCAGCCUGGUGGUCGUCCCAUGCACCAUGGACAUAGCAACCACAGAGGCUUUGAGAAUGGCACAGGAGGUGGAUCCUGAUGGAGAGAGAACUUUAGGUAUUUUGACCAAGCCUGAUCUGGUGGACAAAGGCACAGAACAGACAGUGAUUGACAUUGUCCAUAAUGAAGUCAUCCACCUGAAGAAGGGCUACAUGAUCGUCAGGUGCAGGGGUCAGCAGGAGAUCACAAAUGAGGUGUCUCUCGCUGAAGCAAUAGAAAGAGAGAAAGCCUUCUUUAAUGACCAUGCACAUUUCCACACUCUCUACAAUGAAGGCCAAGCCACUGUUCCUAAACUGGCUGAGAAACUUACCAUUGAGCUGGUGGAACACAUUGAAAGAUCUCUCCCUCGACUGGAAGAGCAGAUAGAGGAGAAACUAGCACAGACUCAAGCGGAGCUGGAGAGAUAUGGCACUGGACCCCCAACGGACCCAGCCGAGAGACUCAUCUUCCUCAUUGAUAAAGUAUCAGCAUUCACUCAGGAUGCCAUCGGUCUGGCUACAGGAGAAGAACUCAAAUGUGGAGACAAACUCAAUGUCUUUUCAACGCUCAGAAGAGAGUUUGGGAAGUGGAGCAUCCACCUGGACCUCAGUGGAAACAACUUCAACACAAGGAUUGAGAAAAAAGUGGAGGACUACGAAGACAGGUACCGUGGAAGAGAACUGCCAGGCUUCAUCAACUACAAGACCUUUGAGAUCAUGGUCAAGGAGCAGAUCAAACAGCUGGAAGAACCAGCUGUUAAGAGACUCAAGGAUAUUGGAGAUGCUGUAAGGAAAGUGUUCUUACAGCUGGCCCACAGUAGCUUCAUUGGAUUUCCUAACCUCACGAAAACAGCCAAGGCCAAAAUCGAAGCCAUAAAGCAACAAAAAGAGGUCACUGCAGAGCUCAUGCUGAGAACCCAGUUCAAGAUGGAGAUGAUGGUUUACUCCCAGGACAGAACCUACAGCAGCAGCUUGAGUGACAGAAAGAAGGAGGAGAAUGAGGAAGAAAACAAACAGAAAAUGAAAAAACAUCAUGACGAUAGGAGUGUCAAGUACUGCAUGGAUAAUCAUGCAACACUUCAGGAGUUGAUAUUGCACCUUAAAUCGUAUUACAGAAUUGCCAGCCAGCGUCUGGCUGACCAGAUACCGCUGGUGAUUCGCUACCAGAUGUUGCAGGAGACUGCCGUCCAGCUGCAGAGAGAGAUGCUGCAGAUGCUUCAGGAUAAAGAGAACAUGGAGUUCUUGCUGAAGGAGAACUUGGACAUUGGUUGCAAGAGAGCUGCUUUGCAGAGUCGCCUCAAACGCCUCAUGAAGGCCCGUGCAUACCUGGUGGAGUUCUAGAGGAGGUCAAGGCCAAACAGGAUCUCUUUUGUACUACAUUCAUUUGUAAUGUACUGAGGAAUUGUGGUGGUAGGAAUUGUCUCUAUAUAAAUAUAUUUUUCACUUCGUCCGAUAUAAAAUGGACAGAUUUGCUUUCGAUGUAACAUAUAAGCCAGGUCAAGUCAUCUUUGUUUUAAAAGCUUAGUUGUUUCGAGUUUUUCUUUUUAUAAAUGUACUACAAUUUCCACUCAUAGUGUUAAUGAAGAAAAGGCUGCGGCAAUUACAGAAAAACUUAAACCUCCUGUUAUUUGUUGAAUAGGAUCAGAAUUUUCCGUAAUUUAAAUUUAUGUAAAAUAUAUCCAAAAGCAACAUGUUUGUAUUUGAUAUAAGUUACUGUAUUGGUUUAAAUAAAAAAAGAUUUUCACUUGAA